AUGAAAGUUGUUCCAGAAGUCCGUAAUACUAUUUUACGAUUUAUGACAUCAAAAGAGGGGCGUAAUCAUAAAACACCGUAUUCAGAAUUAAGUAAAAAGACUGGAUAUAGGUCCAAACAAAUUUAUCAUUUAUGGAACGAUAAACUCAACCCUUCUCUUUACCAUGAACCUUUGUCUGACGAAGAAAAAGUGUAUAUUAAUAAAUGGGUUGAAGAGAAUAAAUCAGAAUCCGGCAAAAUUUAUUGGGCGAAUUGUCAAGAAGACAUGAAAAGGGAUUUUCAAAGGUUACAUUCUAGGAAUAAAAUCAAAAAUGCCUGGUAUGCGGAACAAAAACGUAGACCUGAUGAAGACGUUGAAAACGGAACGGACCCUACGACUCAAGUUGCGAUUUCCACUUUUCAUAACGACAUUAGAAAUUUUACCCAAACCGAUCCUACAAAAGUUUUAACAUCUACUAUCUCUCAUUAUUAUUACCAACCGAUUCCAAUCGAGUCAAAUUUUCAACCUAAUCCUCCAGAACCUCCAAAAUUUAUUAUGAACCCCAUCUUUUAA